AUGGUUUUGGCCGACCUGGGCCGCAAGCUCAAUGCUGCAUUCUCAUCCCUCAGCAGAGCAACAGUCGUCGACGAAAAGGUUCUCGAUGCAACUCUCAAAGAAAUCACAGCUGCACUACUCGAGUCUGAUGUAAAUGUCAAAUUGGUUGCAUCACUCAGACAGAAAGUCAAGGUCAAAGUCAAAGCAGCUCUAGAUGGAGGAUCAUCAGACAAGUCUAAAGAGGCGAACCGGAAGAAUCUUGUCCAAAAGGCUGUAUUUGAUGAACUCGUUCAUCUCGUUGAUCCUGGUGUUGAACCAUACAAGCCAAAGAAGGGCCAGUGUAAUAUUCUUAUGGCUGUGGGUCUCCAGGGUAACGGAAAAACGACGACAUGCACAAAACUCGCUGUAUACUAUCAGAAACGUGGCUUCAAAUCAUGUAUCGUCUGCGCUGAUACAUUCCGUGCCGGAGCUUUCGAUCAGACCCGGCAAUCUGCUACGAAAGCCAAAGUAGCUUACUUUGGCUCUUACACAGAGACUGAUCCCGUUGUCAUCGCCGCUCAGGGUGUCGCAAAAUUCAAGAAGGAACGGUUCGAAGUCAUAAUAGUGGAUACCUCUGGUAGACAUAAACAGGAAUCGGAACUCUUCCGAGAAAUGGUGCAGAUCGGGGAAGCUGUUAAACCACAUAUGACUAUUUUGAUUCUGGAUGCAAGCAUUGGUCAGGCUGCUGAAGCUCAGAGUCGAGCUUUCAAAGACAGUGCAGAUUUCGGAGCUAUCAUUGUCACCAAGAUGGAUGGCCACGCCAAAGGAGGUGGAGCUAUCUCUGCGGUUGCGGCUACGAAAACACCUAUUAUAUUCUUGGGUGUUGGCGAGCAUCUCCACGAUUUAGACCGAUUCUCUCCACAGCCAUUUAUUUCCAAGCUCUUGGGCUUAGGAGAUAUGCAGGGCCUCAUGGAACACAUGCAAGACCUGGCUACACAAAACCCUGAUAAGCAGAAGGAAAUGGCAAAAAAACUCGAAGAGGGGAAACUAAGCAUCCGUGAUUGGCGAGAGCAGAUACAAAAUGUUAUGAAUAUGGGUCCAAUCAGUAAAAUAGCUUCUAUGAUCCCAGGGCUUCCUCAAGAACUUUUAUCCGGUUCAGAUGAAGAAGGUUCCCUGCGCAUGAAACGCAUGAUAUAUAUAACUGAUAGCAUGACUUCAACGGAGCUUGAUUCUGAUGGUGCAGUAUUUAUGGAUAUGUCAAAGGAUGGGAAGCCAGUAGGUCUGACAUGGCGGGUCACAAGAGUCGCAAAAGGCAGCGGAACCAGCGUGCGGGAGGUUGAAGAAUUGCUAUGUCAAUAUAGAAUGAUGGCGAAUAUGGCCAAGCAGGCUGGAGGUAAAAAUGGAUGGUUGCAAGCAAUGCAAAAAAUGCAAUCAAUUGCUGGAGGUCGUGGUCGUGGUGCUAAUGGUAUGCCAACGCCUGCGCAGAUUCAGGCUAUGCAACGUGCCAUGCCACCUGGUGCUUUACAACAAAUGCAGCGCCAGCUACGGAGCGGAGGUGGGGGCAUGCAGGAGAUGUUGAAAGCGAUGAUGCAAGGUCAGGGAGGCGACCAGCUAGACAUGGAGGAGAUGCAACGAAUGAUGUCACAAAUGGGCAGCGGGAUGGGAGGCCUCGGUGGUCUCGGUGGUUUACCCGGCAUGGGAGGCGGUAUGGGUGGGAUGCCAAACAUGGGCGAAAUGUUCAAGAUGAUGGGUAUGGGUGGUGGUGGCACAGGGCGGUAACCCACGGGAGAGUUUACUUAUCCCUUAUGUACAAUCAUCACUGUCAUAAUGCAUCUCAUGUACAUUCUCAUGCAGUAAUCAGCGACAGAGUCUGCAGUAUCGUAGAGUAUAUAUAAGAUAAUUAACUUGGCACGACUAUGGUAAUUUCAAGAUUGCUUCUCUGCUGCACCCCUUCGUUUCUUUUUCCAUAGUUUCUUCUGGACUGAGGCUGCGUUUACGUUACCGAAAAUAAAUGAAGAUGUAUGUUUAUCAGCU